UCGAGGAACUGCGGUUAAAAUGGCGGAGGUUGCACGUUCAGAAACGAGUAGCCCAGACACUGACAAAGAUUUUGAUCCGUCGGCUGAUAUGAUGGUUCAUGAAUAUGACGAUGAACGAACAUUAGAUGAAGAGGAAGCUAUGACAAGUGGUGAAAGUUGCACUGGGGAAUUGGAUGAUUUACAAAAGGAGAGCGAGAUGCCUAUUGAAGAGCUACUGGCCCAGUACUCCAGUGUGCCGGGAGCGUUGGAAGACAUCGCUGACAACUCACGCUCAGCGUCGUCCUCCAGCAGUGAGGAAGAAAUAUUAGAAAACAAAGACCUGACCUUGGACAAAGAGGUCAUAUCACGGGACUUGCUGAACAACGCAGCAACUGCUGAAGAUCGGGACAUUAGCGUUAACGAACUCAUACAGAAUGUGUCUCGAUCUCAGACGUUAUCGCAGACGGAAAGAUUGCUCAGAUCCACCAGUCAACAGGAGAGUGAUGAGUCCGAGUCAUCUUCAGAAGAUGAAAAUUGCGAACCGGUGGAAGAACAUAAAAAGACUAUACAAGUUGGCUCGGACUUCCAAGCUGUUAUUCCAGUCGGCCUAUCUGCUUAUGGGGAUGCCCCUGCCUACGAGAAUGAAGAUAGGUUACUAUGGGACCCCUCGAAAAUUAAAGAUGAAAAUGCUCUUAACGACUACCUGUGUAAUGUCCAGAAAGAAAUGGAGAGGAAGCUUCAUCCUGUGGCCAGUAUCCCGCGGGGGAAACACAUCCGUGAUGAUGAGCAGGCCCUGUUCUUGCUACUGCAGUGUGAUAACAAUAUCGAGGAAGCAGAAAGGCGAAGAAAGAUGCAGGCGGUUCCCCCGACAGAUGUGAUGAGCUUGUGGUCGGAAGAUGAGUGUCGCAAUUUUGAAGACGGACUCCGGCUCUAUGGCAAAAGUUUUCAUGAAAUUCACCACAAUAAGGUGCGGACACGCUCUGUCUUUGAGUUGGUGCAUUUUUACUACUUAUGGAAGAAAACAGAACGGCAUGAUGUCUUUGCCGCAAAGACGAGAGCGGAGAAGAGGAAGUAUUCACUUAACCCUGGUGUCACGGAUCACAUGGAUCGGUUUUUGGAGGAACAGGAAGUGGAGCUGAGCCAGUCGAUGAUCCCCCAGGUGGCCGACCUCAAGCCCGAGUCUGCCGAGGACGGCGAGUCCAAGCCGCUGAGCUCGGUGUUCAGCACGGGCAAAACGACCAUCUACUCGCCCAGCAAACCUUUUGACAGGAAUCCCAUGCGAGGGGACCCCGCGGCAGCCCAGAAGCGACUUCACCCCCACCACCACCACGAGGUCAACGGCAGCAGCUCCAUCAUGGAGCACAGUCUGGAACAUUCAACUCCCAAAAAACAGAAACUAGACUCGUUCCCCUCGUCGGGGGACCAGCACACGCCCAAGAAACCCAAAAUGUUGGACACGAUCCCUGAGUGUUCUCUGAUGAAACCCCCUCUAGACAGCUUGAGUGGCCAGUCCCCGCUCCCCGCCUCAGCAUUACCGGCGCCCUCACUGUGCAACCAGAGCCUCCCGCAGCCAGAGAGCGCCUCAGAGCAAGGGAACGGGCCCAAGCAUAUAGAGAAAACUACGAACCCUGCUCCGGUGGCAGCUGACACAGGUUUGACCUCCUCAAUGCCGCCAACCUCUUCUGACAUUCCCACUGCGGAUGGCGUGAACGGUUCUGGGCACUCAGAAAACCCUGCAGUGUCGGCUCUGCCUACGAAUUCUCCUUGCAAAGCGUCGUCGUCAAGUUCCAGUGCCGUGAAGUCUGCGAAAUCGGUGGUGGGCUCGGGUGACAUUCUCGGCAUUGACAUAGCGAACUGCAUGAGAAAACCAGUGGCAGCGGAAUCGGCAGUCAUUCAGUGAUGUUAGUGUGUGUGUGUACGAAACAGUUUUGGACGGUUUGACUGCCCCACACUCCUUCCACCGCCUCUUUCUCUUCCAUGAUGUUCCAGCGGCCCUCCCUCCGAUGUGUCACGAGGACCCACAGGCAAUGGUCCCACCUCCCCAGCCCCCUGUCUCUCUCUCUGUCUCCGUGUGCGACUACGUACCUGUGUCAGAAGAAGUGGGUGCUGGUGUGUUGUUGUCACCGAGGAAUGAGUUGUGGUGUGAUGGACGCUCUCGUCUCUGCGUGCAGCGCUGACUGCUGGGUACGUAUGGUCGAUUGGGAAACCUGUCAUCCAGUGGUGCUACUCCAUGUUUUAUUUUCAAAACGGGUAUAUAUUUGUGUGAACGGUACUAACGUCACUAGUAGCAUCGUCAAAGGCUAAUGCUUACAGAUUUUGUGUACAGUUUAUUGGUAACAAAGUGCAAGUGUGUGGGUUUUGUAUUUUUCUCCUUCAUUUUGCUCAGUGUAUAAUUCAGUUUUGCAAUAUUGAACAUAAUUCUCGUAGGAAGUGAUGCCUGUUUAUUGAGUGCCAGUGAUGAUGAUCGUCUGUUGAAAUCGGUAGUUGGGAUUUGCGGAAGGUCUUUAUUCCUUCUUCUCUUUUUCCUCUUUUUUUUCUCUUUCUGUCUCCUUGACUGUAGUCUGGUGUUGUGGUGAGGGUCCUCACAUGCAGAUGUUUGUUCUAGUCUUGUGUGGAUUCCUUUAGGAAACUGAGUUUGUCUGUCUGCUGGGAUGUUGAAGCCCUCUCAGCCUGGGUGGGUCGUGACAGGCAGGGUCACAGAGCAGCCUGCAUCCCAUCCCAUCCCAUCUCAUCAUCAUCAUCCGGUGCCUUGCCGACUGGCGGGGCCGAUCAUGGACCUCUGUCCCAGCUGACUGAUCUAAAUUGUGUUGAUAGAGGCAGAGACCCUCCGCGACAACUACUGCUACUCUGUGUCUCUGUCCUCAGCAGCAGUAGGGGAAUCUUUUCUUCUUGCGAUGGGAGGGGCGGGGGGGUUAUUUUCUAAGGAUUACCUUUUGUUUUUAUAUAUUUCUAUAUAUUGCGUGGGUCUGCGGAAAUUUAGGAAUGUGCUCCUUUUUAGCCCUUUUCUGUUAUUAUCAUGAAUGUGCACAUUUGUUUUGUUUAGUUUUUUGUUGCUUUAUCUUGUCUGUCUAUUGUAUCGUUUGACUUUUCUUGUGAUUUUUGUCUCCUUGAGGCUGUCGUGAUGGUUGUAGAGUGGGGGUGGGGAACUGUCCCUGUUGUGACCAGUGUCUGUGUGGUACUCUCGGCAUGCCUUGGGAUGCGGUUUGUUGUUCCAAUAUUGCACUGGAAUGACAAUGAUGUGGGGGUGAUUAGAAGGCGUUUCCCUGUUUCUGUCUCUGUGUCUUACUUUUUCCCAGCACUAUUACCAUUAUUGUGUCUAUGUCCUCUUUACUCAAACAAAUGCACAUUAAUAUAGUGUGAGGAUGGAUUGAAUAUUCCUCUUGAGUGUCUAGCACUGUCCUGUGCUAAACGAAAAGGAAACUGGAUGAGGAUUUCUCCCUGGCCUUAUUUUCAAUGUAAUUUUUUGCCGGUCGAAACUUUUUUUGUUUACUAAUUCUUUAUGUUCCAAAAUGAAUGGACAUGUUAUUUAAUGUUGUAACGGUGAAGAACUGAACCAUUGCAGCAAAAAGUCAUGCUUAAUUUAUAUUUCUUGGAACAAUUACUUUCGGCCAAAAGUAAAUGUGAAAUUGUAAUAGUCCAACUUUGUAGUUUGGGUUGUGAUGGAGGGAUCUCCAAAUUUUAAAGUAGUUUUCACUUUUGGUUAGUAAACACGACCUAAACUGUUUAUGCUAAGUUAGCCUAUGAAUUAUGCCGUAAGUUGUAGUUUGAUGGCUUAUGGGAUGUUGGGAGUAGUUCCCAACUCUCCACUUUUAGUCACUCUAGAUCAGAGGUUACUUCCAGAAUGGACUGUAUAAUUGCUUUAGGCAUGCUACUUUACCUACUAUGAGUAUUUGUCCAAGGCACUUAGAUUGUUACAGAAUUACACAGAGGAUGUUAGUUGUUUUGUUUUUUCCCACCGUCUGGCAAAUGUCUCCUUUGUUUUGGCCUGUCCCCGCUGUUUUAUGCAAGAAAAAUUCUGAAAUUAAGCAAAAUGAGCCCAAAAAUGUGAAAUUGUGCGAUUCUAACUAAGAAUGAUAAAAGAAAA